GAGGCAACAGUCGGGGUUAUAGCAACUGAAAAGCCCAACAUCAGACACAACGGGACGGCUGAGAGAGGGACGCUGUCGUACCUCAGUCUUUCUAUAAGGUGAUCCACCAAAACCUGAUUUGAACAGUUCACUCCGUACACACACCCAGCGCAGGAGGAUGGCGGUGAAUGUCUACUCCACCUCUAUGACCAUAGAGAACCUAAGUCGUCAUGACAUGUUGGCAUGGGUCAACGACUCGCUACAGCUCACUUACACAAAGAUUGAGCAGCUCUGUUCAGGUGCUGCUUACUGUCAGUUCAUGGACAUGCUGUUUCCAGGCUGCAUAUUGUUGAAAAAAGUCAAAUUCAACUCUAAACUGGAGCACGAAUACAUCCAAAAUUUCAAGGUCUUACAAGCUGCUUUCAAGAGAAUGAAUGUGGACAAGAUCAUCCCUGUGGAGCGGCUGGUGAAAGGAAAGUUCCAGGACAAUUUUGAAUUCCUUCAGUGGUUCAAAAAGUUUUUUGACGCAAACUACGAUGGGAAAGAAUAUGACCCGCUAAUGAUCCGACAGGGCAUGGAGGGAACGCCGCCUCCACCCAACCAAGGUGAUCCCAUUCUCCACAAACCUAAAAGACCCGCUCGCCCAGGCCCUAUGAGAACAUCUCCCACAGCACCGAAGACUGUUCCUGCCCCUCAGAGGCAGAUCAACGUAGCAGCACGCAGGAGCGCUCCCGUGUCCCGCAACGGAGGAGAUGCUGAGCUCAUAGAGCUGAACCAGCAGCUGCUGGAUAUGAGGCUGACAGUAGAGGGACUGGAGAAAGAGAGGGACUUCUACUUUGGAAAGCUGAGAGACAUUGAGCUCAUCUGCCAGGAACAUGAACAGGACAACAACCCCACCCUUGUUAAAAUCAUGGACACGCUGUACGCUACGGAGGAGGGAUUUGCACCACCAGAUGAUGAAGACAUUGACGAAGGAGCACAGGGAGACCAGGAAGAGUUUUAACUCUCCUUCCUCUCCUCAUCACCUUCAUCAACCCCACCUCUCAUCUUUAUAAACUACCUGAUAAUAACUCUCCCCCCUCUCUUUCCCUCUCAUUUUUUUUUUUUUUUUUUUUUUUUUUUACAAGCUUCAAUUACUCCUCCCAUCUCAUCUGCGUUUUCAUUCC